GGUAACGGCGUGAGAGGCAAAGCCGGGUCGCUCGAGGAGGAAGAGGAAGAGGGAGAGGAGGGGGCGUCGUGGUGGUGGCGGUCAUGGACGUGGGCGAGCUGCUCAGCUACCAGCCGAAUAGAGGGACGAAAAGAACUCGCGAAGAUGAAGAAGAUGAUCUUAAAGUGCGGCACAAGCAAGGCAGCGUGCGGGAGCGGGGCCGGCACCGGGAAGAGGAGGCCCCUGCAGCGGAGGACGUGGACGGCGAGAAAAAGAAGUUGCUUCAUGUAAUUGACAGAGGCGACGAGGAAGAGGAGGAGGAGGAACCGCUGGAUGAGAGCUCAGUAAAGAAGAUGAUCCUCACUUUUGAGAAGCGAUCGUACAAGAACCAGGAACUUCGGAUCAAGUUUCCAGAUAACCCAGAGAAGUUUAUGGAGUCGGAGCUGGACCUCAACGACAUCAUCCAGGAGAUGCACGUGGUGGCGACCAUGCCGGACCUGUACCACCUCCUGGUGGAACUGAAUGCUGUGCACUCCCUCCUGGGGCUGCUUGGGCAUGACAACACUGAUGUGUCUAUAGCUGUAGUAGAUCUUCUGCAGGAGCUCACUGACAUUGACACCCUCCACGAAAGCGAGGAAGGAGCAGAGAUCCUCAUAGAUGCCCUGGUCGACGGGCAGGUGGUAGCCUUGCUAGUGCAAAACCUGGAGCGCCUGGAUGAAAGUGUCAAGGAAGAGGCAGACGGCGUUCAUAACACUCUGGCAAUCAUUGAGAAUAUGGCGGAGUUCCGGCCUGAGAUGUGCUCUGAUGCUGCUCAGCAGGGCCUUAUGCAGUGGCUCCUCAAGAGAUUGAAGGCCAAGAUGCCGUUUGAUGCCAACAAGCUGUACUGCAGUGAGGUGCUGGCCAUUCUCCUCCAGAAUAAGGACGACAACAGAGAAUUACUUGGGGAGCUGGACGGGAUCGAUGUGCUGCUUCAGCAGUUAUCCGUGUUCAAGCGCCACAACCCAAACACGGCCGAGGAGCAGGAGAUGAUGGAGAACCUCUUUGACUCCCUUUGCUCCUCGCUGAUGCUGAGCUCCAACCGGGAGCGCUUCCUGAAAGGGGAGGGGCUGCAGCUGAUGAACCUCAUGCUCAGGGAGAAGAAAAUCUCCAGGAGCAGCGCCCUGAAAGUGCUGGAUCACGCCAUGAUCGGGCCCGAGGGGGCCGACAACUGCCACAAAUUCGUCGACAUCCUCGGCCUUCGGACCAUCUUCCCGCUCUUCAUGAAGUCCCCAAAGAAGAUGAAGAAGAUUGGAACCUCGGAAAAGGAACACGAAGAACACGUCUGCUCCAUCUUGGCCUCCCUGCUGAGGAACCUGAGAGGCCAGCAGAGAACGCGGCUACUCAAUAAGUUCACGGAGAAUGACAGCGAGAAGGUGGAUCGGCUGAUGGAGUUAUAUUUCAAGUACCUGGAUGCAAUGCAGGCUGCCGAUAAGAAGAUUGAAGGAGAAAAGCAUGACAUGGUCCGCCGUGGAGAGAUAAUUGAUGACGACAUGGAAGACGAGUUCUACCUCCGCCGCCUGGACGCUGGACUCUUUGUCCUCCAGCUCAUCUGCUACAUCAUGGCGGAGAUCUGCAAUGCCGGCAUCCCGCAGAUUCGUCAGAGAGUCCACCAGAUUCUGAACAUGCGGGGAAGCUCCAUCAAAAUAGUUCGGCACAUCAUCAAAGAGUAUGCAGAGAACAUCGGGGACGGGAAGAACCCAGAAUUCCGGGAGAGCGAGCAGAAGCGGAUUGUGGAGCUCCUGGAGAAUUUCUGAGGAUCCCGCCUGGGGGCCCCGGCUCGCCCCGGCAGGGUGCGUUGUCUGCGGCACCCUGGGGUCAUAGAAGGACUUCCUGAAGAAACUGAGCCUUGAGAUAUUAAAGAGAGUUUGCUUUUUUAAAGUUU